AUACUGCAUAAGAAUUACAUGUGAAAGAUGCUAAAAAAUAAAGUAUGAAAAAAUUUUAUUAUCACUGUAGUCCCUCAGUUAAUGGUGCCGCCAAGAGCUAGGUGCAGUUAAUGUUUACCUACAUUCAGCUGAACCGCAUUAAGACUGAAACUCCCCUGCUUACCACACCUUUUGGGCACUAGAGGCUGUGACAUCACAGUCUGCAUGGCCCCAACUAAAAUACCAAUAAGAAGAUUGUGUUUACACGUCAGCAGGAUUGGUACAAUCUUGUCUUUCAAUACCCUCAACCGAACCAUUACGUUCUGGCUUUCAAGGCCCGCAACCUUACCAAGAUUUGACUCCAGAAAUCCAACCAGCUCCACUGUAUCUAGUCUGAAACACUCCCUGUAUACCACACCUUUGGGACGCCAGGCUGUGAUGUCACGGCCAUCACAGCCUCAACAAAACCCCAAAAAGAACAAGUAAGCUGCUAGCAUAAAUUAAACUUUUAAAUGCUGAGUAUUGGUAUCUAAUAGUGAUCUAAAUGCACGUGAGAGUCUUCAAAUGUCGCUUGAAUUCCUUGACUUCAUAUCGAUAGCCUAAAUCUGUUAAUUUUUGUUUUUUUCUAUUUCAAUACAUGCCAGAACUGGGUGCGUCUUAUGAGCCCGUGCGUCUUAUGAGCCAUCAAAUACGGUAGUUCCUUGCACUCUGCUGCUUUGACUGGCCACUACUGCAUGAGCCUGUCUUCACUCCCUGACAUCUCAGUCACUUGAUUCAAAUGUCUGAUUAAUUAGUUAUAAUAAAUCAAUUGGAAGUUUGUUUGAUAAGACUGUGGGCCUGUGUAGCCAUGGAAGAUAUUGACUAUUGAAAUCUUGAGAACACUGUGUUGAAAUCUGUCACAUUAUUCACAGAGCCAGGGAGUGAUGCUGCUAAGACCUUCACUGUCUAUCCAGAGGGAUCCGCAGGUGCUGGUGGUGGAAUCUUGCUUGGACAGUGUGGAUGGCAAGCAGUUAGGGUUCCAGUCAAAGGUGGUGGUGAUCCAUGCCCAGGACACCAGGGAGGAUGCACUGCAGCUUGCAUCUCAGCUGAGGAAUCCCAUGGAGGGCAACAGAUUGUAUGUGUUGCUUCUGCAAGAGUCUAAGAAGAACACACAAGUUAAGAGCAGCCUGAGGUGUGAUCCAUGGAACAGCAUCCACAAGUGGUUCAUCAAGGUUGAUGCUGUGCUGCCGGUACUGUCGCCUCAGCUUCUGCGUCAGAUUCAGAACAGAGACUUCAGCAGAGAGAGUGAGUGGGAGAAACGCUACAACCGCUUUGCCCACUCGAUGAUGCUAGACCAGCAUGUGGAGUACGGGAGCAAGAAUGGGUUCUGCCGUGCCGUUUGUCCUGCCAGAUUCCCGGAGGAGACCAGCAGCAGCAGCAGCAGCAGCAGCAGCAGCAGCAGCAGCAGCAGCAGCACACAAGAGGUGUUUUCUGUAUGAUGAUGAUAAUGGAAAAACAUGUUAUAAGCAGGGCAACGUAAUGAAAUUCAGUGAAUGGACGUGUGUGCGUGGCUGCAAUCACUAUGAAAUUAAGUUGAAAAUAAGAAAUAUAUUACUUUACAGAAAGGAAUGCUUAGAGUGAAUGAAAUUACUGUAAUGAAUGAAUGGAAAUAAAGUUGUGAGUCAUUAAAUGAUUAGGAAAAGAAGCUGUGAAUAGGUGCAUUAUUGUUAUUACUGAAAGGAAGAAUAUUUGUAGGAUAUGUCAUGUAUAUUAUCAAAGUGUUUUCAUUCUUACUUUCUUCUUUCUCUUUCAUCUUUUCUUAGUAUAUUUAAGUGAAUUUCUCUCUCUCUCUCUCUCUCUCUCUCUCUCUCUCUCUCUCUCUCUCUCUCUCUCUCUCUCUCUCUCUCUCUCUCUCUCUCUCUCUCUCUCUCUCUCUCUCUCUCUCUCUCUCUCUCUCCUUCCAUCUUUUUCUUAGUAUAUUUAAGUGAAUUUCUCAGAUCUCUCUCUCUCUCUCUCUCUCUCUCUCUCUCUCUCUCUCUCUCUCUCUCUCUCUCUCUCUCUCUCUCUCUCUCUCUCUCUCUCUCUCUCUCUCUCUCUCUCUCUCCAGCCAUCUCUUCUCUCUCCUUCCAUCUUUUUCUUAGUAUAUUUAAGUGAAUUUCUCAGAUCUCUCUCUCUCUCUCUCUCUCUCUCUCUCUCUCUCUCUCUCUCUCUCUCUCUCUCUCUCUCUCUCUCUCUCUCUCUCUCUCUCUCUCUCUCUCUUUUCUUUCUUUCUUUUUCUUUCUUUCUUUCUCUUUCUUCCUCUUUCUUCCUCUCUCUCUCUCUCUCUCUCUCUCUCUCUCUCUCUCUCUCUCUCUCUCUCUCUCUCUCUCUCUCUCUCUCUCUCUCUCUCUCUCUCUCUCUCUCUCCAGUAGUCAGUAGUCAGUGAGGAGGUAGUAGCAAGUAGUGUUCAAGUAGCCUUAGUAAUAGAAUAGUUUGGCUUGCAUGGCAGUGGUUAAAACAUCUACCCUCUGACAUUGUUGGGGUGAGACCACUUGCUUCAUAUGAGCCAAAUGGGGUGACUCCUCCCCUCCCCACCCCUCCCCAUCAAUCUGUGGGUGAGUGUUGCCCAUGCAUCUUUAAGGAGAUCAAAUUUGAGAGGUACAUUUUGCUUAUCCCUUCUGAUUAUGCAGGAUUCAACCAUUAAUUUCAUCUCUAUAAAACUCUAUGGGUUUCACUUGCCAUAGACUUGUGGGAUGAAACAAGGGAGAUAAUUUUGCAGUCUACUCUUUUUUUCAUCUGUGUUACAGUCUAUGGGUUUCACCUGCCCAGGUUGGUGGUGGUGGGGUGGGGUGGGGUGGGGGAGUUCUAAUACUCUGAGGGGCGCCCUGCUGUAGGUUGUCAAAAGAAAAAUUUAUUAUUAUUAUUAUUUUUUAUUGAUUUUGUUAUUGUUCUCAAGUUCUCAGUAUUAUUAAAACCAGCACUGACAUAUUUUACAGAUCAAUCAAUCAAUACUAUUUCCAAUAAAUAUUUACUAAAUGUUAUUGUUUUAUUAACACUCAAACUACAUUAAUGAUGAGUAGAGAGAUUUUGUUUUGGGAUGAGGGAAAAAUUGUGCUUUUGUGAUUUAGAAGGAAGCAUAAAUUGUGUGUUUUGUUGAGUUAAAGGGUAAUUUUAGUAACUUGAGAAGACAAAGGAAGAAAUUGUGUUUGUGAUUUGUAAUAAACACAGGAUGAGGCAGAAAUGUGUGUGUGUGUGUGUGU